GAGCUUGAAUCUGCUAUAAUUAACAAACAAUGCUAAAUGUGCAACUUUUUAUUUACCAAAAAGAGCUGCUAAAAAAAGGAUUACAAUACUGGUUUAGAAUCAGAUCCAUAAACAGAUGAGCACAUGCUCAUGAGGCCUGAGAUCUUUUCCUUCUAUUUUUUUUAAAGAUUUUCUUUUUCCAUAUUCUUUAAACUACAGUUGGUAGGGAAGUUUGAAAGAUAGCAAUCAGAUAUGGGGCCAUAAGUGUUGAAGAAGGUUGGAAACUUGGUCUCUGUAGAAAUAUUAAAAAAGAAGGAACAUUGAAAAGAAAAAUUUCAGAUGCUUAGAUCUGUUUAUUCACCAAUCAGGUUGAUACCAACAUUCCACCUCACAACCACCACCACCAUCACCACCACCACCACCACCCUUCUUCAGUCAUCAGUGUUGGUGACAUGUUAGGUGUCAUCUUGGUCUUCAUAUUGUUUGAACCUUCUUGCACAAGUUCUUUCUUCUUUCUUUCAGUUUUUCACCAUAUAAAAUCCUUAAAUUCAUAUAGCAAAAGACAACAACUUUCUAACAUCAAACCCCUCUCUCUCUCUAAUUUUAUGUUGUCUGUCUGAACCUCAUUUCUUGAGGUUUGAAUGCUUUCGAACUCAUUUCUGAGUUAUCAUUCUCAAAUAGGGAUCUGGGUAUUCUUUAAGAUUGCCUGUUACAUGCACUUCUUGAUUAUAAGUUGCUAAACAUCUCAUCUUUGUAUCUGGGUAUUCAUAAUUAUUGGCGGAUUUACGAUAGAGCCGACAGGGUAUCCAAAAAUUUUAUUGCAAUUUUGUUCAAUUUGUGUUAUUUUUGCCAUUUUUCAGAUCUUUAUACCGUAUGUACAAAAAAAUGGUGGCUGCAAAUGGGCUCUUUUAUCCAAUUCUUGGGUUUGCUUCUUGUGUGGCAUUCCUUUACAUGUCUUUUGGAGAUUUCAAGCUUAGUUAUCAUCAAGGACCAGAGUUAGCUUUUGUGACCAGAAAUGGGACUCAGUUUAUGGUGGAAGGUCGACCUUUUUACAUAAAUGGGUGGAAUUCUUUUUGGUUAAUGGACCAUUCUGCUGAAGACGAUAGGAAACCUAGGGUUAGUGCAAUGCUGCAAGCUGGUGCAAAGAUGGGCCUAACUGUUUGUCGAACAUGGGCUUUUAAUGAUGGUGACUAUAAUGCUCUCCAGGUUUCCCCUGGUAAAUUUGAUGAGGGGGUCUUUCAGGCCUUGGAUUAUGUCAUUGCAGAAGCAGGACGACACGGAGUCAGGCUGCUUCUAAGUUUGGUCAAUAACUUAAAAGCAUAUGGUGGGAAGACACAAUAUGUGAAGUGGGCAUGGGAAGAAGGCAUUGGGUUGAGCUCUUCAAAUGAUUCUUUCUUCUUUGAUCCAACCAUCAAAAGAUAUUUUAAGAACUAUGUAAAGACUAUACUGACAAGAAAGAACACCAUCACGGGGAUCGUGUAUAUGAAUGAUCCAACCAUCUUCGCGUGGGAGCUGAUGAAUGAACCCCGUUGCAUAACCGAUCCUUCAGGGGACACUCUUCAAGAAUGGAUAGAAGAAAUGUCAGCUUUCGUUAAAUCAAUUGACAACAACCAUCUACUGACAGUGGGUCUGGAAGGGUUUUAUGGCCCUAAAAACCCCAAGAGAUUAACUGUAAAUCCAGAAGAAUGGGCAUCAAACCUUGGAUCUGAUUUUAUUCGCAACUCCAAGGUCCCGGACAUUGAUUUUGCCUCUGUUCAUAUAUACCCUGAUCAUUGGAUCCAAAAUCAAGGACUUGAAGAGAAACUAACAUUUGUGUAUAAGUGGAUGCAAUCUCACAUAGAAGAUGGCCACUAUGAGCUAAAUAAGCCAGUCUUUUUCACUGAAUAUGGAUUCUCUAACCUGAACAAGGACUUUCGGCCAGAUCACCGAGAUCGGUUUUACAAAACUGUUUUGGACGUCAUCUAUAAAUCUGCAAAGAGAAAACGAGCUGGGGCAGGCGCAUUGGUGUGGCAAUUGUUUGUUGAGGAAAUGGAAGAAUUUAAUGAUGAUUUUGGGAUUGUGCCAUGGGAAAGGCCAUCGACAUACAGGUUUUUAACUGAACAAUCAUGCAAAUUGGCUAGAAUUCAGGGGGAUCCUCGACCAAAUCAAUAUUUUAAAGAUUUAUGCUUGCGGAGAGAGUGAGUAUUUAAUUCUUCUAACGAAGUUGGUUUAUCAUUUGUGGUUCGAGAUUACUUAACAAAGAGAUGCAGGUCAUCAUUUUGUACCAUAUUCUUUUCAUUUCUAUACAAAAUUAUGUAUUCAUAUCAUAUUAGGCAAGUAUAGGUAUAUUGCAGCAGAGAUGAUAGACAAUGCUGCUGCAAAAAUCUGUUCUUAAGAUCUUGCUAUAAGAGAAGUGUGGCUCAAGAGGUGGUGCAGGUUAGAUUAGAGAUUCUGUUUGCCUGUAAUCAAUUGUAGCAGUGAUAAAUAUUCCUGGGAUGCUUUAAACUUCUUAUAAGAGUAGGGAGUGAUUCCAUGA